GGGAGAGCAGGAGACGAGGGAGAAGGAAGCCAAUAACAGGGAGGUCUAGGAAGGUGGUGGAGGGGGAGGGACGGGGCCACUCCUCCAUCGGUGGGACUGCAGAUUAUUUUGCAUGGAUUGUUGAAGAGAAAAGGGAGCUGCAUUUGUGAAGGGACCAAAAAUUAAACAGCUCAUUGCUCGGGCAGGGGCCGUGCCGGGAUCGGGAGCUCCGGGCUGCAGCGGCUGCGGUAGGUGUGGCGAUGCUGCGCGCUCUGUGACGGCGGGGGAUGCUCACGGAUGCGCCUGGAGGAGAGGUAGUGCCGAGCCUGAGCUGAGCGCGGGGAGCGGUCCCGCAAGCGCUGGGACAACGAGCGGAACAUGAGCGAGAGCAGCCCCGUUCCACGGUCCGCCGAGCGCCAGGAGUGCGAGCCGCAUUCCUCGGGCUCGCCGGCGGCCCCGCCGUCCUGCAGCGAUGGGGACGAGCAGCUCGGCCAGCCCCCGGAGCCUGCCAGCGGCAGAGCCAGCCCCCGGCGCGAUAAUGCUCAGCCCUCCCGAGCGGAGGGGGAGCGCGGGGCCCCGCGGGACGAACAUCUGGAAGCGGUGACAGAGCCAGGCGAGAGGCACAGCGAGGCACAGGGACAAGGGACAGGCGCUGCCAGCCAGAGCCCCCCUGAGGACGGGGCAGUGCUGGCCAACGGGGUGGACACAGCGCCGGUCACGGGGCCGGAGCAGCCACAGCAGCAGCAGCAGCAGGACGGGGACAUUCCCAGCCGGAGCAGCCCGGAUUUGGGGGAGAGGGGCUCCCCCAGCCCGGAGAUACCUAGAGGGGCCCUGAGCAAGGAGAGGUGGCACAGCGUCCUGGGAUCCUCGGAGGCUCUCAGCGCUGACGAGGCUGAGGAGCAGUUCGGGUUCGCUUCUGGCGACGCCAAGCUGAGCUGCAGCGACGAUGACAGGGAGCAUUUUCAAUUCAAAGACAUCAGGGAUGGCUUCAGCUCGACCUUCGAGAAGAUUGUUGAGUCUGACCUUAUGAAAGGGACAUACUACAGCAGCCUGGACUCUCUGGACGUGCUGUCCCUCACAGACGAGACCGACAGCUGUGUCAGCUUUGAGGCCCCGCUCACCCCGCUGAUCCAGCAAAGGGCCAAGGAAAGCCCCGAGCUCCUGGAGCAGAAACUGGCAGCCCAGCAGAGAGAGGCCCUUCACCACAUGGCUGCUGACAAGCAAGAGCAGGGAGCAGCAAAGCCAGCAGAGGGGGAUUUUGGGAGCCCUCUAAGGCACUCCAUUACCAGCAGCAGGUCGGAGAACGUGCUGAGCCGGUUGUCCCUGAAGAGUAUCCCAAAUGGGUUCCACGUGGAGGGGUCGGAGGAAGAUGCCACCAAGAUCAUUAACUCCAUCAGCGACGCCAGCCUGAAGGACACCCUGUCGGACUCCGACUCCGACAUGGGCAGCACGGAGCAGCUGGACCAGGGCAGCACGGACACCUUGGCCAACGGCUGCAGGGCGGACAGCGAGGCUGCCAAGAGGUUGGCCAAGCGCCUCUACAACCUCGAGGGCUUCAAGCGCUGCGACGUGGCACGGCAGCUCGGGAAAAACAAUGAAUUUAGCAAGUUGGUAGCAGAGGAGUAUCUCAGCUUCUUUGACUUCACCGGCCUGACCCUUGACAAAGCACUCAGGACGUUCUUGAAGGCGUUCCCGCUGAUGGGAGAGACGCAGGAGCGGGAGCGGGUGCUGAUCCAUUUCUCCCGGCGGUACUGCCAGUGCAACCCCGAGGAGAGCACGUCUGAAGAUGGGAUUCACACCCUCACCUGUGCCCUGAUGCUGCUAAACACAGACCUGCAUGGCCAUAACAUUGGCAAGAAGAUGUCAUGCCAACAGUUCAUAGCGAACCUGGACGGGCUGAACGACGGGAAGGACUUCGCAAAGGAUUUGCUGAAGACACUAUAUAACUCCAUCAAGAAUGAGAAGCUGGAGUGGGCCAUCGAUGAGGACGAGUUGAGGAAAUCCCUCUCGGAGCUGGUAGAUGACAAAUUCGGAGCCAGUGCGAAGAAAGUGACGAGGAUUGUUGACAGCAGCAACCCCUUCCUGGACAUCCCCCAGGCGCUGAACGCCAUCACCUACAAGCACGGCGUCCUCACCCGCAAAACCCACGCAGACAUGGAUGGGAAGAGAACUCCCAGAGGAAGAAGAGGUUGGAAGAAAUUUUAUGCUGUGCUUAAAGGGACCGUCCUUUAUUUACAAAAGGACGAAUAUAAACCUGACAAAGACCUCUCUGAAGUGGAUCUGAAGAACGCCAUCCGUGUGCACCACGCCUUAGCCACAAAAGCCUCCGACUACAGCAAGAAGUCCAACGUGCUCAAGCUGAAGACAGCUGACUGGAGAGUCUUCCUCUUCCAGGCCCCGAGUAAGGAAGAAAUGCUCUCCUGGAUCCUGCGAAUCAACCUUGUUGCUGCCAUUUUCUCUGCUCCAGCCUUCCCAGCUGCAAUCUGCUCCAUGAAGAAGUUCUGCCGCCCUCUCCUGCCUUCGUCCAUGACCAAGCUGUGCCAGGAGGAACAGCUGAGGUCUCAUGAAAAUAAAAUGAAGCAGAUUGCAGACGAAUUAGCAGAGCAUAAAUUACAUCCUGUAGAGAAGAGCCUCAAGUCAAAAGAGGCUGAGGAAUACAGACUCAAAGAACAUUACCUAAUAUUUGAGAAGAGCCGCUAUGAGACGUACAUCAACCUGCUGUGCAUGAAGAUAAAAGUGGGGACGGAUGACCUGGAGAGAAUCGAGACCAGUUUCUUCAAGGUGGAAGCUGAGGACCUUGCUUUGAGGAAGACACAUUCAAGCCCUUCCUUGAGCCAAGGGCACCUGUCCAGCAGCUGUAAGGCAGAAAAGGACAUUUUAGAGCAGAACACUUAACAAGGAAUGUGCGCACAGGGGGAUGAACCGGCGAUGCUCUGCGCUCCUGGACUAGAUCGAUGAGCACAAUUUUACUUAGGAAAUUAUCUGAGCAAAACCGUAGACAUGUAUGACAUGGGGAUUGCUCUAGUGAAAGAAAUCAAAGAAGCUUUAGUUGACACUCUCUGACAAUGCUCUGGCAUUUCAGCAUCAUCUCUUCUUCAUUCCCAACAGCACCAGUGGCUUUUCUUUCCCUCCUGCUGCAGCCUGCACAACAAAGGGAUGUUGCUGGUUCUUCAAGGGCCAGGUUGCUCUUCUCUCCACCAGCCCUCUCUCUCCGCCUUCCCUCCCUGGAGUCCCCACCGGUUCAUGGUCACAGUCCCCGGCAGUGCAGGAAACUCAGCUGAGAUGACGUGGUCUGUGGCACCACCAGCGCUCCCAGAGAAGGGCACAGAGGGGCAGGAGCACGUCCCUCCCGUGAGGGGAGCACCCUUCAGCACGUCUUGACACGAGACGUGGGUGUCGUGAGCUGAUCACGGACCAAGUGAGAGGUGUCUCCAGCGUGGCACAUGGGAACAUCAUCUGCCCCUGGCAGGAGAGGCCUGGAGUGCCCUCUGUCACCUUAUCCUUUUUAUAUAUAUAUAUAUACAUAUGAAUAUAUAUAAAUAAAUAUAUAUAUAUAAGGAAACUCUAACGUGGGUUUUUAACCUCAGUGUGCAAGUGAAGGCAAAGCUGCCUGGGGAAGUCGCUAGGGGCGUGGAGGGUCUGACCAGCCCACCAGGAUGUUUUAAAAAUUGCAGUAGCCUAUGUAUCUUUUUUUUUUUUCCCCUUUUUCUCAUUUUUUUUACUCGAAUGGAAGUCCCACCUGGCUUUGCUGUGGAACAUCGCUCUCCCAUUCCUGCUUAUCCAGACAAACUGGCCAAGUGGCUGCUUAUUUGGCAACCACAACAUCCACCACUUUGGGUUUGAGGCACAAUUGGAGCUGUGCAACAGCUCCAGGGAACCUUUGUGUGCAGGAGCAAUCCCACCUGCCCAUCCCUGCUGGAUCCCUCCAUCCUGCGAUGCACAUGCUGUACUCUUUUAAGUGGGGAAUUGUGUUUCUGUUCCUUUCUGCUGUCUGUGGUCCAAUGAUUUGCUGUUGUGCUGAAGUGAUUCCUCUGCAUUUCAAUGCCACGACCGUCCUCCCACGCUUUAUUUAUUUCACAGUUUGGUUUGGUCCUUUAUUUCAGAUUGCUUUUCUUUCCCCUCUUUGCAUUCACAGUAAUCAAGUUCCAGUUUUGAAGGAUCUUGUAGCUGCUAAUUACAGUCAUUUAUUGUUUAUCUUUUGCAGCAUUUUUUAAAACAAAAAGAAUAAGAUUUAUUUGGACCUUCAACGUUUGAAAGCGUAUGGACUACUGUUUUCCAUGAUGGUUCAUGACACUAAAAACCUCUUCCCAACUUUGUCACCUCUUCUUUUAUCUCUGUUUCUUUGUACAGUUUGAUAGUUUAUUUGAAAUGAUGCACUAAGAAUCAUGUAAAAAAAAAAGAAUAACAAUAAAGCUGAAUCUGUUGGUAAAGAGAA